AUGGCUGAAUCAAAAAUUCUUGUGGUUCACGCCAAUAAAAAUAACGCAGAAGCAGUCUUCCAAAAGCUGAGGAAAUUGAAUAUAAAAUCAGGUCCAUUUGCAAAUAUUUUUGUUUUAGGAGAUAUUCAAUCCAUUAUUCCAGACAUAGAUAUCGAAGGACUAUCAACUAUAUUUACUAUUUCAUCUGGCAAUGAUGAUAGAACCAAUGAAAUCAAAACAAAUUUAAUUGAGUUGAAUGGAUUCGGUGUUUACGAAUUAUCAAAUAAACUACGAAUUGGAUAUAUAGGUUUGAAUGAGAGCCAAUUGAAAGAACAAAAUACAGAAAUAAAUGAGAAAUUUAAUAAAGUGAAACAACCGGUCGAUAUUUUUAUUACAAGAGAAUGGAGUAUGGACAUUGCGAAACUUAAAGGUAAACUAUCAGGAAAUAAAACAAUUGAUGCUAUAGCGAAGAAGUUACAACCAAAAUACCAUUUUACAUAUUCAGAUCCCGUUGCAUUUUUUGAGUUGGAUCCUUUUAAAUGGGACUCUUCAGAAAGAAUUACAAGAUUCAUCAAUAUCGCUGAAUUUGGGUCCCCAGCCAAAUGGGCAUAUGCUUUUAACAUCAAAAUACAAUCGGAGGACGACGAUGAAGAUGACGAUGAUGAAUCUGUCCCUGAUAAUCUAAUCUCCAAUCCAUAUGAAACUAUGCCUAGUAAAAAGAGGCCAUUAGAAAAAGAAAUUGAAGACGCAAAUAAAGGACUAGAUAGGAAAUCAGCUUUAGUAAAGAAGGCGAGAACAGUUUUACCAAGUUCCUGCCAUUUUUGCUUCACAAACCCAAAUCUUGAAGACCACAUGAUUUUAUCAAUUAGCAAUAACGCAUAUGUUACAAUUGCGAAAGGUCCUCUAACCGUGCCUCAUGGAGAGAUGGAUUUUUCAGGUCAUUGUUUGAUAAUACCAAUAGAACAUAUUCCUAAAUUAAAUUUCAAAAUAGAUUCCUCUACUACUUCUACUGACACCGCUACAAACAAUAUAUUUGCAUCUCCUUUAGCAUUGGAUUUCCAAACAUACGAGAGAUCGCUUGUUUCUAUGAAUUACAAGAAAUUUGACAUGUGUACAAUUGUGUUCGAAAUAAAUUCAGAUAGAUCCAUUCAUUUCCAUAAACAAGUACUACCAAUUCCAAAGUAUUUAAUAAUGAAAUUUCAAGAAGCUCUUGACAGACAAGUAUAUAUUAAUAAUGAAAAAUUCACGAGAAAUCGUAAAUUGGAACUCGAAACUUUUGAGUCCUCAUUAGAUGAGAAAUAUAUGGAACUUGUUAACGAUUCUAGUAGUAAUUAUUUACAAUUUACUGUGUACGAGACACCAGAAACGGACCCGAAGAUAUACGUUGCGAGAUUCAAUUCUGAAGACAGGAUUGAUUUACAAUUUGGGAGAAGAGUAAUUGCGUUUUUGUUACGUCUUCCGAAAAGAGUUAAAUGGGAUUCACAAAUUUGUCAACAAACCAAGGAACAAGAAAUUAAAGAGGUUGAAAAAUUUCAAAAAGCUUAUAAGGAUUAUGAUACUUCAGAAUCCAAGUAA